AUAAACAAAAGAGUGCAGCAGGACGUUAUCAGUUCGUGGCUCCUUCCUUCUCUCUGCUAUCACUGUAACCUUGAGAAGUUCACAUCCAGUCCUUUCCACGGCCGUACUUCAAACGCACCAUUGGCCCACAGGACUCGUUGCUGCAGUGCAUGCUGGGAAUCAGGACUCUGUAAAUAUGUCUUUCCACUCAUUCAGCCAUCUGCUGUGACCGAGAUGUCACAAUUAUUUGCUGAAUGAGAGCAGCCUGUGUUUUGAUAGCGAGAGGUCGCCGAGUUUGAUUUAUCAGCUGGAGUAAAACAGCUGCUAUCAGGAGCGGCUCGAGGAACUGAUAGCGACGCUGGUCUCGACACGUUCAGAACGCUCUGGAAAUGAUGCAACAGUUCUGUGAACCCAGCGCAGGUCUGGCACUGAACCACCUCUCACAACCUGCUUCCAUAAAACCAAAUAAAGAGUGUGUGUCAUCAUGCACACUAAAUAUCUGCUUCAGUUCAGACGCUUUACUUUUAACGAAUCCAGACAUUGUUCAGCCAUUUUGAUGUGGAUUGAGUAGGAGCAUUCAGACAUUAUAAAAUCAUUUUGCAAAAUACUCAUGAUGGCAGCAAAUGGAUCACAAAAGGAAUCAAAACUGGAACCAGAGCUAUACUCCAUAAACUUAUUUAAAUUUGGGAAAAACUUUAUUUUUCUUAAGUUUACUAAAAAGACAGGAUAUGAUGUUUCCGAUUCCCAUCCUCACACACACAGCUCUGAGCUGAAGGAGACUUUAAACCGUGUUCAUAAUCGCGUCUCGCUCCGCCUUCAGCAGAAAUACUUCAUUCUUCAGCUCAAACUGAACUGACUGUGUUUGUUAAACUCUCGCAUCUCCACAUCAAACAUGUUCCUUCUUUCAGUCCUCCUGGGCGGACUGAUCAUCUGUCCUCUGAUUCUCAGGCUGUUUUUCCCGUAUUUCUGGACAGACUUUGUUUAUCACACAGUGCUGUUGCGGAUUUUACUCAAAUUCGUUUCCCGCAGAAGAAGGCGACCUCUGUUUCUCGCUCUGGACAGAUUUUUAGAACAGGUUGAAGCGCGGCCGAACAAGUCCUUCGUUGUUUUCGAGAACGAAAGAUACUCGUUUAAAGACGCAGACAGAGAGAGCAACAGAAUAGCGAACGCGUUACGGGCCGCGUCGGUUCUGAAACCGGGAGACACGGCGGUUCUGUUCAUGCUGAACGAGCCCGCGUUCAUCUUCUGCUGGCUCGCGCUGGCCAAACUCGGCUGCGCAUGCGCGCUCCUCAACAGCAGCAUCCGCGCGAGGAGUUUGAUCACGAGCUUCCGCUGCUGCCGCGACGCCAAAGUCCUGAUCGCGUCAGAAGUGCUGCGGCGAGCCGUCGAGGAGGUGAGUGAAGAUCUCCAGCAGGAGGACGUGAGCAUCUUCAUCAUGGCUGAAGAGCUGGAAUCAUCACGCAUGAGGAGUCUGACCAGAGCAGCGCAGGAAUCCUCCGACGCAGACGUUCCUCGAAUGCUCAGAGCAAACGUGUCCUUCACGUCCCCCGCCGUCUACAUAUACACAUCUGGAACCACAGGUCUUCCUAAAGCAGCCGUGAUCACUCAGACGCGUCUGCUGGCUGCUCUCGCUGUGCUGGCGUCGAAUGGCGUAACAGACACCGAUGUGAUUUACGUGACCCUUCCUCUGUAUCACACGGCCGGCUUCCUCGUGGGCUUCAUGGGCUCCGUAGAGACAGGUUCAACUAUAAUAUUACGCCGCAAGUUUUCCGCAUCUCAGUUCUGGGACGAGUGUCGGACUCACGAGGUGACGGUGAUUCAGUACAUCGGAGAGGUUCUGCGCUAUCUGUGCAACACACCGAAGAGCGAGAGAGAUAAAGAGCACGGCGUGCGUCUGGCCAUCGGGAACGGACUCCGGCCGGACGUAUGGAGGGAAUUCCUCCAGAGAUUCGGUCACAUUGAAGUCAGAGAGUUUUACGCCUCCACGGAGGGAAACCUGGGAUUCGUGAACUACGCUGGGAAGCUCGGAGCCGUUGGACGGGUCAGCUGGCUGCACAAGAAACUGUUCCCUUACGCCCUCAUUCAGUACGACACGGAGCGAGACGAGCCGGUCAGAAACUCCAGAGGCCUGUGUGUUGAGGUGCCUAAAGGGCAGACGGGGCUGCUGGUGUCCAGGAUCACCGGACUCGCUCCGUUCGUGGGUUACGCGCAAAACGAGUCGCAAACAGAGAAGAAGAGGCUGCGUGACGUCUUCAAGAGCGGCGAUCUCUAUUUCAACAGCGGCGAUCUGCUGAAGAUCGAUCACGACAACUUCAUCUACUUCCAGGACCGAGUGGGCGACACGUUCAGGUGGAAGGGAGAGAACGUGGCCACCACCGAAGUCUCGGACAUCAUCAGCGCGCUGGAGUUCAUCCAAGAGGCCAACGUCUACGGAGUUCGAGUUCCAGGUCACGAGGGUCGGAUCGGAAUGGCAGCACUGAAACUGAUGGAGGGAAUGGAGUUCGAUCGCACCGAAACGUUCAGCCACGUCUGCAGGUUCCUGCCGGGAUACGCACGACCUCGUUUCAUACGGAUUCAGAGCUCGAUGGACGUGACCGGCACCUUUAAACAGCUGAAGUUCAGGCUGGUGGAGGCCGGAUUCAAUCCCAGCAUGACCUCGGAUCCGCUGUACUUCCUGUGUGAGCGUGAGAGGACGUACGUCUCACUGACCCCAUCCGUCUACCAGCAGAUCGCAUCUCACGCCAUCAAACUCUGAUUUCUAACUGUUAUUGUUUAGGGGAACAUUGCUCACAAAUAUUUUAUUGAAGUACUAAAGAUGAGAAACACGUCUAUGAAUGAAAUGACAGACUUUGUGCUCUUCAUAACGAUCAAAAGCUGCUCUUUGAAUUAGUCAGAUCAUAACAGAGUCCUUUUACUGCAUUAGUUUAAUGUCUGUUUUUUAAAACCUUGUCAGUCACAUUUUACCUUUUCUACUGAACUGUUACGAAGAUUGACAAAAUCACUCUAUGAAUUACAUAUGAACUCCAGUGUUACAUUCAUUAUUGAGCCAGUGUUGUAAAUAAAGGAUAUCUUGAUGAUGUGAUCUAAACCAACAAA